AUGUUAAUGGUUGAUUCUGAUCAGCCAAAGUGUAUCACUUUCAAGCAAUUGAAGAAGGAUAGAUUCUGUUUUUCCAAUGGGCUAAAAAACGCUUUCAAAGAAGGGAAAGCUAUAAUGUCACGAAACUCGAGAAAGCAAAUUGAUCCUCGGUUUGACCCCGAUAUCCACGGUAUUUGUGACUUGGGGAACUGGAGUUUUUUAGAAAAAGAAAGAGAAGACAAUAUCCGGGCUGUUAGCAAAUUAUUGAAGCGUGGUGUUGAUUCUGACACCGAAGCAAAGGCGCUGCGCGCUUUACGCCUGCUGAAGCAGAGAAAGGCUACCGACAAAGACGUAAAGUUCAGGCGCGAAUUUAUUGGUAGAAUUCGAAAAGAGCAAGAAAAAGACCUUGUGUCAGGAAAACGAGUCACCUUUUUAAAAAGGGGUAGGUGA